AUUUUUUGAAUCAUAGCAAAUAACGAAGGUUGUGUGUGCCGAUUUAUGCAACGGUGUUGUUAAUUGAGGCCAUAACACAUUGCGUGUGCACAAGUUUCGUGUUCCAUUAUCUCAUCGCCUAAUCGAGAAGCACCAUGGGUCGUAAGUUCUGCGUUGGAGGCAACUGGAAGAUGAAUGGCGACAAAGCCAGCAUCGCCGAGCUGUGCAAAGUUCUGUCCGCCGGUCCGCUCGACCCCAACACCGAGGUGGUCGUCGGCUGCCCAGCCCCCUAUCUCUCGCUUGCCCGCUCCCAGUUGCCGGAAACGAUCGGCGUCGCGGCGCAAAAUAGCUACAAGGUUGCGAAGGGCGCCUUCACCGGAGAAAUUUCGCCCGCCAUGCUGAAAGAUCUCGGACUGGGCUGGGUCAUUUUGGGCCACUCGGAACGCCGGGCCAUUUUCGGCGAGACCGAUGAACUGAUCGCGGAGAAAGUCGCCCAUGCCCUUGCCGAAGGAUUGAAGGUCAUUGCUUGUAUUGGCGAAACGCUGCAGGAGCGUGAAGCCGGUCAAACGGAGGCAGUGUGCUUCCGACAGACGAAAGCCAUCGCCGCCCAGGUGAAGGACUGGAGCAAUGUCGUGAUUGCGUACGAACCGGUAUGGGCCAUCGGCACUGGCAAAACGGCCACUCCGGAGCAAGCACAGGAAGUUCACGCCGCGCUCCGCAAGUGGUUCACCGAAAACGUGUCCGCCGACGUGUCGAACUCGAUCCGUAUUCAAUACGGUGGUUCGGUAACGGCUGCUAACUGCCGCGAGCUUGCUGCCAAGCCCGACAUCGAUGGAUUCCUAGUGGGCGGUGCCUCGCUAAAGCCGGAGUUCGUUCAGAUCGUCAACGCCAAGCAGUAGGACAGCUAGGGACUGCUGAACGUUAGUAGUUUUGCUGGGAGUCACGCAAUCCCACUCCGAUGUGUGUUAUGUCUCGUAUUAUUUUAAGUAACCCACUACGCCAGUGGUGCAUGCACUGAUUAAAUUGUUACGUUUAAGCAUUAAAACCAAAAGUAACUGCGUUCAAUAAAAGCUUGUAACAGUGAAAUCGUGCUGUAUU